GAGAAAGGAAGGGUGCCACCUUCAAAUGUUUGUCUUUUCCGCCUUAUUUGCAUUAACGGAAACAUGACUUGUCACUUUUUGCAAGCAAAAAACAGGAAAUGUAAUAUAUAAGAUACCAGAAAAUAUGCACCUUCUAUGCCUGUUUUUUUUCAUAAUUUUGUAUCAAGCAAGGCAGGAUGACUAAUCUUCACUUCACCAUUCUGCAGCACAACAGGUUACUGUAGAAAUGUUCAAAAUCCUGUGUUGAGAGAAAUUCCCCCCCUCAAACAACAGAACAGGGCUUAUUUUUGUCAGAAAGGACUGGAACUUUGUUUCCUUUUAUUUCAGUCCUGCCUGGUUCAGGAAAUGCAGAGCUCAGCAGGUUAUUUUUUUGCACAGAAAAGUCCAGCCACAUGGGCAAAGAACUGACGACUGUCAACUGAAGCCAAAUAUCAAGUAUCAGAUAUAGAAUCCUUGACUGUUGUAAUCCCCAGACUUGAUGGAGAUAAAAAUGCACCCCAGAGGAAUGGCCUUUCUGAUAUUUUGUUUGGGGAGUGGAUUUGUGUCUGUUGUGUAUCUUAACAGAGGAGACUGGACCUUCCUCUGGAUGUACCGUGAGAAAAGCCAAGAAAUCCCUAUAUCGAAAAAUCAAACAGAACACUGGCUGACCAAUUGGUUCAAUUGCAGAAGCCAAGAUACUGCUGACAAAGAGCCAAAUACAUUGCAGCUAGAUGACUGGUUUCAUGCUAGUGCGCGACCAGAGGUAUCAACUUUGACUGACUGGUCUGCCCCAAUUGUAUGGGAUAGUACAUUCAAGAGAUCUGUGCUAGAAGACUAUUAUAGCAAGCGAAAAGUGACGGUGGGUUUGACAGUUUUUGCCAUCGGGAAGUAUCUCGAUAAGUAUUUAAAAACCUUCUUAAUAUCUGCAGACAAUUUCUUCAUGGUUGGUCAUAAAGUGAUUUUCUAUGUUAUGGUGGAUGAUCUCUCGAAAAUGCCUUUGAUAGAACUGGGACCCCUGCGGACAUUUAAAGUAUUCCAAGUUAAUAAAGAAAGCCGAUGGCAAGAUAUAAGUAUGAUGCGCAUGAAGACCAUAGGGGACCUUAUUGAAAGCCACAUCAAGUAUGAAGUAGACUUUAUGUUUUGUAUGGAUGUGGAUCAAGUUUUCCAGAGUGACUAUGGUUUGGAGACGCUUGAUGAGUCUGUAGCACAGCUCCAAGCUUGGUUUUAUAAGGCAGAUAAAGAGAAAUUCACUUAUGAGAGAGAUCCCCAGUCAACAGCUUACAUUCCAUCGAUGCAGGGGGACUAUUAUUAUCAUGCUGCUGUCUUUGGAGGUACUCCUCUUCGUGUUUUCAACCUUACCAGGGAAUGUUAUGAAGGGAUUAUAAAGGACAAAGAAAGGAACACUGAGGCAAUAUGGCAUGAUGAAAGCCACUUAAACAAAUAUUACUUUAUAAACAAGCCUACUAAACUGUUAUCUCCGGAAUACUGCUGGGAUUACAAAAUUGGCAAAAAUAGUGAUAUAAAAAAUGUAAAGUUAUCAUGGAUGCCAAAGGAAUAUGGUGAGGUCAGAAGUAACUCCUAAUUUAUAAAGGAUCCUGGGAGAGUAGCAUUGGCAUUGGAAAAUCUAAUCUGCUGGAGUUCAGAGUCUGAUCAUGACAUGACCAAUAGAUGGUAGAAAAAAUAACAUUUUUUUUAAAAUGUAGUUCCAUAAACUGCAAGAUAAGACAAAAUUUAUUCCUCAUCUUUUUAAAUAAUUUACUGAUGCUGGAGAAUUAUAUGUAAAGUAAAUUUUAUAACAUAUUGGUAGGGGAUGGAAAACACUUGACCUUGUUUAUCAUGAAAAACACAUCCAGCAGAGAUUUGGUAAAAAUCUGAUUUAAUAAAAUUAAUUUAUGCUAGCGGGCAAAGCGGAAAGGAAAAUACUGAGUAAAAAUUUUACACUGAAUAGAUCCACUGCUGCUGUCCAAGUCUUCUACACAUCUCUUCUCACUUUCAUAAAAGGAGAAGAUGCCUUUGACUCAACAGUAGAAAUCUCUCAAAAAAGCAAAGCUAUCAUACUGCUUUUGAGUUUGUGGUUAUCCAUUGUCUGACUAUAGUGUGAUUUCUCAAUGUCUCUGGAGUAUAACACUGUGUUUAGAAAGUUACAUGUUCCUCUGUUAUUUGUUUAUAAUCAGAGUGGUGGCAUGGUCUACAACCUGAGUACAGAUCAGGGACUGAGGAGGAAUUGAGUUCUAAGUACUGAUUUGCUGUGUGGCUUUAGGCAACUUGCUUAUCCUUUCCUCCAAUUUACCCUUGUAAAAUGGGAAUAUUACAAUAUAUACCUACCUCAUAGAGAUGCUGAGGAUUAUUUGAUGUUUAAAAGGCACUAUUACAUCUCCACUUUUGAACAAGAACAGGGCACUAAAGAGAUGGAAGAAAUUAUUGCCCUGAAUCAACCUCCAUUCAGCUAAAGGGGGAUUGGGUGGAGUGCAGUGGAGGGGAAGAGUAACCACUGUAGAGAGAUUCUUGUAGUACGAGAUCUAAUCACAUGACUCCUAUUGAUGUUGAUCCUAAAACUCCACCCACAACACUUUGAAAAUGUACUCCUAAGUGGCUAAACCAUCCAGAAACAGUCCCUGAACAUAAGAACGGCCAUACUGGGUCAGACCAAAGGUCCAUCCAGCCCAGCAUCCUGUCUACCGACAGUGGCCAAUGCCAGGUGCCCCAGAGGGAGUGAACCUAACAGGUAAUGAUCUAGUGAUU